AUGUGCAAGGAUUGUAGAGCAAAUCGGUCUAUAAAGCAAGACAAAUCGAACACUCUGUCGAGGAGCGGUCCUGUCAUAGCGGGGAAUGGUGUUAUAAAGACAUGUGAUCAGUGUUGUGAUGGUAACUACUGUAAUCUUCAGCUUUGCGAUAAUCCAAUACGAUUAAAACAUCGGUGUCUCCGUUGUGAUGACGUCAUUAUUCCAGAAGAUUGCAAUAUCUCUCUACAAUGCGAUGAAGAUCAAAUUUGCUAUACGGAACACAUUUAUGUAAACAAGGAAAAAAGAUUCAGAAUGGGCUGUACAACAAAAUCCGGAUGUGUUGUCGCCACUCCCUCUGGAGCUCCGGUGACAGUUCUUGGAAAACGAAGCAACGAGAUACCGUUCUUACAUCGAUAUAGAAAGGCCUUACCUGCAGAUCACAAUUAUUGCGCCAAAUGCUGUACAGGAGAAAACUGUAAUCGUGACCUCUGUACAGCUAGACCAGUUAUUAACCAGUAUCAAUUGGUAGCACCACCUCCAUUGGUACCCUGCAAGGACUAUGACGAGACAUCCUGCAGGAGUGGUUUGGUGGAUAGUAAUUUUUGCCAGGAUCAAGUAAACAAAAGGCUGUUUUGUCCAAAGACUUGUAGUACCUUUGCUUUCACAGAAUGUCUCACAAGAGAACCAUAUAUGAUGUCUGCUCCAGACCCUUGA